GGGCGGUGGCGGCGGGCCCCGAGCGGCGAGCGGCCCAGUAACGGCGAGGUGCGAGGACGGUGAGGGCCGCCAUCGCCUCCCCUCGGGAGCGGCAGCUACCCCGCGUCCCGGCCCACCUCGCCGCCUCCCGGGGUGGGAGCCGCUCCCCGGCGUCGGAGGGUGCGGCCCGGGGCGCGCUACCCUUGCGCGGGGCCGCCCCCGCGCCGGCUGCCGGCGGGCUGCGGCCCGGGGCGGGCCGGUGGGCUGCGCACCCCGCCUCUCAGAGGGGGCUUGAGGGGCCUGCGGGAAGGGGUUUCCCUUCGUGGAAACAAAAAACCGCUACCUGGCAGUUUGACAGGGUCUGUGUCGUGUCGUACAUCUUUCAGGCUCACUAAGUAUACAAAAACAUUCUUGAAAAUGUUGUCCCGGCUCUUUCGAAUGCAUGGUCUUUUUGUAGCCUCUCAUCCAUGGGAAGUCAUUGUGGGAACAGUGACUCUCACCAUCUGUAUGAUGUCCAUGAAGAUGUUCACUGGGAAUGAUAAGAUCUGUGGCUGGAAUUAUGAGUGCCCCAAACUUGAAGAAGAUGUUCUGAGCAGUGAUAUCAUCAUCCUGACAAUCACACGCUGUAUAGCAAUCCUUUAUAUAUAUUUCCAAUUUCAGAACCUAAGACAGCUUGGAUCAAAAUACAUUUUAGGUAUUGCUGGCCUCUUUACAAUCUUCUCAAGUUUUGUUUUUAGUACAGUGGUAAUUCACUUCUUGGAUAAAGAGCUGACAGGAUUAAAUGAAGCUUUACCAUUUUUCCUGCUCCUGAUUGAUCUGUCAAGGGCAAGUGCAUUAGCCAAAUUUGCGCUCAGUUCCAAUUCGCAGGAUGAAGUAAGAGAAAAUAUUUCUCGUGGAAUGGCAAUUUUAGGCCCUACGUUUACACUGGAUGCACUUGUGGAGUGUCUUGUGAUCGGUGUUGGUACUAUGUCAGGUGUACGACAGCUUGAAAUUAUGUGCUGCUUUGGCUGCAUGUCUGUUCUUGCCAACUACUUUGUCUUCAUGACCUUCUUCCCAGCUUGUGUGUCUUUGGUAUUAGAGCUUUCUCGAGAGAGUCGUGAAGGGCGCCCUAUAUGGCAGCUUAGCCAUUUUGCUCGUGUUCUGGAAGAAGAAGAGAAUAAACCAAAUCCUGUAACACAGAGGGUCAAAAUUAUUAUGUCGUUGGGUUUGGUUCUUGUUCAUGCCCACAGUCGUUGGAUAGCAGAACCAGCUGCUCAGAACAGUACUGUAGAAAAUUCAGUGGGAUUGGAUGAGAAUGCACCAAAGAGAAUUGAACCUAAUGUUUCAUUAUGGCAGUUCUACCUUUCUCGAAUGGCCAGUGUGGAUAUUGAACAAGUAAUCACUCUUGGAUUAGCCCUUCUUCUUGCUGUCAAAUAUAUUUUCUUUGAGCAAGCGGAGACUGAAUCCACACUCUCACUGAAGAAUCCUAUAACAUCUCAGGUGAUGGUCCAGAAAAAAGUCCCUGAGAAUUGUUGCAGGAAGCAAUCUGGAUUUUUGAGAAACAAUCAGAAAUCUAACAGAGUAGAAGAAGCCUUAGUUCUCAAAGAUGGAAAUGCUGAAGUCAUAAAACCUGUAUUAGCAGAGUCAUCAACAAAGGCUACAUUUGUAGUUGGCAGUUGUAACCCCGGGGAAACUUCUUCAUCUCUUAAUGGAAAAGAGGAGGAAAUUGAGUUACCUAAAGAACCACGUUCUAUUGAGGAAUGUGUUCGUAUACUUGGAAAUGCAGAGAAAGGAGCAAAAUUCCUUACUGAUGCUGAGGUUAUCAGCUUAGUUAAUGCUAAGCAUAUCCCUGCGUACAAAUUGGAAACCCUGAUGGAAACUCAGGAGCGAGGUGUGUCCAUUCGCAGACAGAUGUUAUCUAAGAAGCUUCCUGAACCUUCAUCUUUGCAAUAUCUUCCUUAUAGGAAUUACAAUUAUUCUUUGGUUAUGGGAGCUUGCUGCGAAAACGUGAUUGGAUAUAUGCCUAUUCCUGUAGGCGUAGCAGGACCGCUGUUUCUGGAUAACAAAGAGUUUCAGGUGCCAAUGGCAACAACAGAAGGAUGUCUUGUAGCAAGCACAAACCGAGGAUGUAGAGCAAUAUGUCUUGGUGGAGGAGCAAGUAGCCGCAUUCUGGCAGAUGGGAUGACUCGUGGGCCGGUGGUAAGGCUGCCCACUGCUUGCCAGGCUGCAGAAGUGAAAGUUUGGCUUGAAAGCCCUGAAGGCUUUAAAAUAAUGAAGGAAGCUUUUGACAGCACAAGUAGGUUUGCACGCCUACAAAAACUUCUCAUCAGUUUGGCUGGUCGUAACCUUUAUAUCCGUUUUCAGUCUGGAACAGGAGAUGCAAUGGGAAUGAAUAUGAUUUCAAAAGGUACUGAAAAAGCACUGGCAAGGUUGAAUGAAGAGUUUCCUGAUCUCCAUGUUAUAGCUAUUAGUGGUAACUAUUGUACAGACAAAAAACCUGCAGCUAUAAACUGGAUAGAGGGAAGAGGGAAGUCUGUUGUCUGUGAAGCAGUCAUUCCAGCCAAGGUUGUUAGAGAAGUAUUGAAGACAACCACAGAAGAUAUAGUGGAAGUCAAUAUAAACAAAAAUUUGGUGGGUUCUGCAAUGGCUGGUAGCAUAGGUGGCUACAAUGCACAUGCAGCAAACAUUGUGACAGCUAUCUACAUUGCCUGUGGUCAGGAUGCUGCGCAGAAUGUGGGCAGCUCUAACUGCAUCACUUUGAUGGAGCGCACUGGUUCCACCAACGAAGACCUGUAUGUCAGCUGCACAAUGCCUUCUAUAGAAAUAGGAACUGUUGGAGGAGGCACCAACUUGCUCCCACAGCAGGCCUGUUUGCAGUUUUCUUUCCAGAUGUUAGGGGUUCAAGGUGCAAGACAAGAUAACCCUGGUGAAAAUGCCCGUCAGCUUGCUAAAAUUGUUUGUGCUACAGUGAUGGCAGGGGAAUUAUCACUAAUGGCAGCUCUUGCAGCUGGGCAUCUAGUCAAAAGCCACAUGAUCCACAACAGGUCAAAAAUAAACCUACAAGAUCUUCAAGGAACCUGCACUAAGAAGGUGGCUUGAAUACUGGAAGAGUUUUGAAAUGAAGAAUUGUACUAGCAACUGACCAGGUGUACAAGGAAAAAAGAAAUCUGUGAAGUUUAGAAUGAAAAUCACCUUCAACUCAAUGAUGUCUGUGUAAGAAAAACAGAGAUCAAUGGACUUGCGUGAGACUACUUACGCCUUUGACCUUCUUCAGUGGUUAGAGACAACCAUGAAAGAAGUCAGAUGUCUUGAACGUGGCUUUGGAAUUCUUACUCCUACACAUCAUUUUCUAAAGAGUCAGUCUUAUGUUUUUACAGGUUGAGAUUAUUUUGACUAGUAAGUAGGUCAAAACUUGGCUUGAAUGCGCUGGUCCUUGCCAUCUUUAUUUUCUGGUUAGACAAGCAUGUCUUUUAAAGUGAUAGCAAACCAAAUCACUUCCCAUGAACUCCCAAUUUAAUUUUUAUUCACAUGUUAAACUUAAGCUAUAGGACACUUAUAUUGAUCAUACUAGUUUUAUAGAAACCUAUGUCUAUAUAAUAGUACUUAAUUCGCUUGCUGUUUCGGCUAAGCAGCACUCAUUGUUUCAACUCCACGAUUUAGGUUAUUCCUUUAUGGAAAACUUGUGACCUGUAAAAUUCUGAACUGUUAAAUAUAAUCUGUACUGAAGUAGGGAAAAACAGUGUCUGCAGCUGUUUUGUUAUUUUAUUCUGGCAGAAAAAUCAGAUCUUGACACUGGUAACUCCACAACCAGUUACAUGUCAGACAGAUUAGUAAUUUAAGCAAAUGCAGUUUCUCAAACUUUUUUUGGUAGGAGUGUAUUCAAACGACAGGAGUCGAAAGCAGAUGUUUACACUUCUUUUGAAAGAUGUCUGUUAAGGUACAGUGUGUUUGUAUAUUCCUAUUUUUUUAAGUGUUUGACACUUAUUUCCCAAGAACAGAAGUGUAUCCACUGCCAAACUGAGAUAAAAUGAAGCCAGAAAAUCAUGCUGUUCUUUAACACUAGGGUUUUUUUAUGUUCUAAUUCCUUAUAAACUUUUCUUUUUAAGGGGAUGUAUUUAUUUUAAGAAGAAAUCUUACCCUUUUUUCAAUGGAAAGUGCUAAUUAAGGGAAUUAAGUGAAAUGACAUGUUAAUACAACACACAGUUUUUGUAUUAAAAUACUGUACUUGGACCAGUGAAGCAGUCUCAGGUGUUAUUAAUGUAAUACAGAAAACCCAGGUGUAUUCUGGUUUGAUUUACUGUGGGGAAUAUUGCUAAACACAUCGCCUUGCCUAGUUAAUCACAGGAGGAGAAUUGUCAGUAUGCUUGAUGGUGAUUUUUUUUUUUUGUUUGGUUUGCGGUUUUUGGUCGGGUUUUUUGGGGGGAAUCAGUGGAUUGGACUGGCAUUCUUGCAGGAAUGCAGCAGCAUUCCUAAAGGGGUGACGAGCAGAGGUCCUUUUCUAACAUGCGGAUUUGAUAUAAAUCGUGAUGGGUUGUUUUGUAGUACAUCAACACAUUAAUAUCGUUGUAAUGAGCUCAUAAAGCUAAUGUGCAAGCAUGAAGGUGUACUACAUGCUAGAUGUGUUAUGAUCGCAUGUAAAUAUCAUGAAUGUUGAUCUUCCCGCAGUGUUGUUGCUAAUAUCUGCCAUUUUAUUUAAGGAAAGUUGGAACUACUUGGUUUCUGUGUUCAUUCAGUGAUCUUAUUUAAAGUAACACUGUUCUGGCAAUAAAUGGUGGUUCAGUGUUCAUUUUGGUGGGUUUAACUGACAUUCUGUCUAGCAGAAUUAACAUUUUGUAUUAUUACUAAAUUGUGUACAUUUUGGUACAGAAUUACUUUUUCAGUUUCAGUAAAACAAUGGAAAAUGUGUUGGCUUAA